UAGUGUGAAGCCAUGCAGUGAAUUUAUGUAUGCCUAUUGAGUGAUAUCUUGUGCGUGCAUGUAUUAGCUGAAAAAAUAUAUAUACACUGGGAUAUCAUUCUUUACCAUGAUAGGCCUUUAGGAUUGAAUCACAUUUAAUAAUAAGGGGCUAAAGAUCUGAGAGGGAUCCGGGAUUAUCGGGGGAUAAGUUUUACCACUGUAAAGUCUUUUCAGAAUAUUGGUGCUCAGCAAGUAUUCCACAAAAUGACCGCCAUAGUUGUGAUGUCAGCGCGGCCUGCUCCGCGGGUCAAAGCCGAGGCCGAGAUGUACUACGUAAGGAACCAGGGGUCCCUUGGGUCAGUCUUGGACCAUUCAAAGAAUAAGACCUAUGCCAGUCCAAGGCCUGUGCCUAAAUGUCCAACCAGUGAAGCACAGGAACAGUAUGAGAAGCAUAAAGGUAAGAUGAAUCUCUUUAUGGACCAAGCCAAAAAUAAAGGUUACAACUCUGCGCGCCCCGUCCCUCGCUGCCCGUCCGCCGAAGCGACAGAACAGUACGAAAAGCACAAAGGUAAGAUGGGUCUUUUCCUCAACCACUCCAACAAUAAGGGGUACAACUCAGCCCGGCCCGCUCCGCGGUGUCCAACACCAGAGGCAAAGGCACAAUAUGAAAAACACAGAGGGUGCAUGAGCUCCAUGAUAGGGUCAGGCGCUGAAUAUAAGGGAAGAGUACAAGACCGUGUUCUUGCUCCGAGGGCUGUCAGACCCGAGGCCCAGGGAAUCGCCAAAAUGAACAAGGGACUCGCCACAAAGAAUUUGUUUCAAAAUUACGGCAAACUGCCCCAGUCUUCACGACCUAUUCCGAGAAUUAAACCAGAGGCAGACGACAAUAUGAAGAAAAAUAAAGGAUGCAUGGACAAUCUGCUUGGAAACUACGGCAAACUCCCCCAAUCAGCCCGGCCAGCUGAAAGAGUGAAACCAGAGGCGUCGGGGAAUGCCGCCCUUAACCGCGGAGGGCGGGCGAAGAUGAUGUUGUCGAUGGCACCGCCAUCACAUAGGUCGGCCCGGGGGAGACCAAGCCAGAAAAAUGUGUCAUCUUCAUGUAUAUUUUGAGGAACACUGUACACGUCCGUACCAAAUCAUCCAACUAGAUGCAAGCUGUACUACCUUAAAAGUAUAACUCCACCUAAACUGUGAUACAAUGAUUCAUUUGUUUAAAAUGAAGCAUACUACUUUCGUUAUGUCCAUUUUUCACUAUAUUGACUUGGCUUACGAUUUGGACAAUGUUAGAAUGGAAAGUUUUAAGUUGUUGUUUAGCAAAUUCCCCUUAAAAAUGAUCUGCAGGUAUAGGCCAGAUGGAUACUGCCUGUAAUUACCUGCUGCUGGUAGCUUGCCUUUCUGGGGCAGACUCUUGAGUGCAAUCGCUUAGAAAUGAUUAAGAUAAUUAGAUCUGUACAAAUAAAGAGUGGCAGAUGCACAUAGAUCUGUAGAAUAGGUGCCGUCUUAGAAUUUAGAUUCAAUCUAUUUUUGUAUUUUUUAUCUUAAGCUCGUUACUUUGCCUGAUCUGAAAGAGCUUCUGAAUGUAAUUUAUUGUUGUGAAUGUAAAUAUUUGUAGAAAUAAAGUAUUUAGAAUUA